AUGCUGAAUAUGGGCGGUCCAUCAAGUGUCGAGGAAACGCACGACUUUCUCAAGAAUCUCUUCUCUGACAAUGAUCUUAUCCCAUUACCUUUCCAAUCAUUCAUUGCUCCUUAUAUUGCCCGAAGACGAACCCCGAUGAUUGAACAACAAUAUGCCGCUAUAGGUGGAGGCUCCCCUAUUCUGAAAUACACUCAAACACAGGGGGAGGGUAUGGCCAAACUGCUGGAUGAAUUGCACCCAGAAACCGCGCCACAUAAAUCAUAUGUUGCCUUCCGUUACGCGCGUCCACUGACUCAGGAAACAGCGAAAGAGAUGAAAGCGGAUGGUGUGACGCGUGCUGUCGCGUUCACCCAGUACCCGCAAUACAGCUGCAGCACGACUGGAAGUAGUCUGAAUGAGAUAUACCGACGUGGAAAGAUUGGCGAAUUUGGAGAUGAUAUAUCUUGGAGCGUGAUUGACCGAUGGGGAACGCAUCCUGGCUUCAUAGAAGCUGUUGCCCAGAGAAUAGAGGCUGCUUUAGCUAAAUUUCCUGCAUCAACACGUUCAGAAACUGUCAUCUUAUUUUCCGCUCAUUCCUUACCACUCUCUGUGGUGAACCGCGGAGAUCCUUACGUGCUCGAAGUCUCGGCCUCCGUCUCUGCGGUCAUGCAACGACUUGGCCAAUCGAAUUCUUACCGGCUCGCAUGGCAGUCGAAAGUUGGACCCUCGAAAUGGAUGGGCCCUCAGACCAGUGAUGCUUUAAAAGGAUUAGCUCGUCUGGGAAGAAAACAAGUCGUGUUGGUUCCCAUAGCUUUUACAAGCGAUCAUAUCGAGACGUUGUAUGAACUAGAUUUAGAAUAUAUCAAGGAGGCCCGCGAGCUUGGUAUAGAAAUCCAUCGCUCAGAAUCGUUGAAUGAAUCGCCGGUCUUCAUUCGAGCUCUAGCGGAUAUUGCUGCCGACCAUCUCCGCGGCCAAUCUUCCGGUAAGCAUGGACCCACAAGCGUACAGUUGGGUCUCCGAUGCCCGGGGUGUGUCAACGGAACGUGUGGGCAGCAAAAGUUGUGGUUUUCUCGAGGAGGAAGGUGA